AUGGAGAAUCCAGUUUGCGAUGCUGAGUCGUUCCAAUAUGCUCACGAGACUCUUAAGAAUAGUGGCACUGCUGGUACCCUUGAUCUCAAUGCGAAUCAUCAUACUCCUCCACAUUCGCCAGCGCUCGCUGAAGGCAUUGAUCUAGCUCUGACUCGUUCUAUCGACAGGGUAGCUACUCGUAACCCUCGUCUCGAAAGCAGUACAAAACUAACCGUUAUGUUACGUAAUAUUCCCAAUAAGCUCACUCAAAUUGACAUCGCCAACGCCGUGAAGCACGAGGGUUUUUUUGGUGAUUUCGAUUUUUUAUAUUCACCGAUUGAUUUCAAGUCUCUCAUACAGUUGCCAAAGCAAACUCAUCUGGGCUGUAUCGGGAUAACAAAAGUGGCUCGAGAGCUACUGUGA